CGUAAAUCAUCCGUCCGACCGUCCAUCACGAUUCGCAUCCUUCGGCUCCCGUCGCCUCGCUCGCUGCCUCGCGGCACGAGAGUGUGCUCACUUGUGCGGCCUCGACGGCUUUAUUUAGAGCUCGAAGCCGCGGGUGUUCGCCGUCUUCCUCCACUGCCCCGGCGGCCAGCGGUCAGCCACCGCUCCUCCGUCUGCAAUGGCCGUGGACGUAGACAGGCUGAGCUACGAGAUAUUCUCUAUCCUCGAGAGCAAGUUCCUCUUCGGCUACGACGACUCUUCCCAACCUUCCCUCCUCUCCUCUGCUUCCCCAGCUGGAUCCCUUCCCCUCGCAGCUGGGCCCGGAGGUAGGGUCUGCAUUCUAUCCAUCGACGGCGGUGGACGCCCCUCCGACGCGCUACUUUCCGCCGCCUCCCUCGCCCGCCUGGAGUCCUACCUUCAACGCCGUUCCGGCAAUCCUUCCGCUCGUGUCGCCGAUUUCUUCGACGUCGCCGCCGGAUCGGGCGCAGGAGGCGUCCUCGCCGCAAUGCUUUUCUCCAGGGGCCCCGAUGGCCGGCCUCUCUUCGCCGCCGACGAGGCGCUACGGCUCCUCGCGACCUGGAGUCGCCGCUCGUCGUUCGGAUCCGGCCAAGGGGGGAGCGUGCUUGAGCGGCUGCUCCAGCGGAGACCUUGGCGGAGGCUCCGGCGGGUGUUCGGCGACGCGACGCUGAGGGACACCGUAAAGCCGGUGCUCAUCCCGUGCUACGACCUCGCCACCGGUGCCGCCUUCCUCUUCUCCAGGGCCGACGCGAUGGAGGCGGACGGCUACGACUUCCGCAUCCGGGAGGUCUGCGCCGCCACGUGCGCGGACCCGGCGUCCUCCGCGGUGUACAUUCGCUCCACCGAUGGGCGCACGCGGAUCGCGGCCGUCGGAGGCGGCGUCGCGAUGGGGAACCCGGCCGCGUCGGCCAUCACGCACGUGCUCAACAACAAACAGGAGUUCCCCUUCGCCGUCGGGGUGGACGAUCUCAUAGUUCUUUCCUUAGGAACCAACUUCUCCGCCCCUCAGAAGCCACCUAAGCGGCCGGCGAAACCGACGGCCGAGCUCGUGAGGAUCGCCGUCGACGGCACCGCCGACAUGGUGGACCAAGCAAUUGCAAUGGCAUUUGAACAGAACCGAAUGAAUAAUUACGUACGGAUUCAGGACAUCGGGUUUGGGUCGAGCAAUUCUGUUCCAAAAACAAGCGAUCUUAAAUGUUUGAUGCAUCGUUUAGAGGAGAAGUUGUCGCAGAGGAACGUCGAAUCGUUGUUGUUCCGAGGGAAGAAGGUGUCGGAGCAAACAAACUGUGAGAAGCUGGAGUGGUUCGCCGGCGAGCUGAUCAAGGAGGACGAGAAGAGGAAGAAGAGCUUGGUUCCUGUAGUUAUGCUGAAGCAGCAGGUCAUAACGCCGAGCACUUCCUCCGUCGUCACGGCCACGUCAAGGUCGUCAGCUUCCUGAUCACCGCCGUUGAAAGCACCUUAGAACUUAGACGGUUUAGGGGAAUAAGGGAGCAAGCACUGCUGCUCGUGUGCAAUUUCUCUGGCACAUUUGGGGUUUUCUAAGGUAGGUCAGCUCAAGCUUUCCGGUUGAAUUACACUUGAACGUCACCACCAUAUUUGACAUCUUGUUUCAUUUCGGACUUGAUGGUAGUAAUCAACCUCUGGCUCUCAGUCUUUCUUUAACA